AUGGGUUGUUGUAUAAGCUCUAAAGCCAAAACAGACCCACAUCAUCCAAGAACCUUAAACCACCGUUCUCCACCAAAACCUCUUACACCAGAACCCAAGAGAUCUCAUGUCGCUGUAACUCCACCACCACCUUCACUUGAAGAAGAAACGGUCAAAGAAGUCCUCUCUGAAACUCCCAUUCCUAAACCACCACAAACACAAACUACUCCCUUGACGCAGCAGAAAAUUGCAGAGACACCCACUGUUCAAGAACCUAAGAGUCAACCACAAACUUUUACCAACAACAAACGCAUCAAAGAGGAGAAAGACGAAGAGGAAGUAGAGAGAACCCCUGAAGUCUCUCAGGCAUCGGAGCUAUGUAGCCUUGAUACUUACUCAACGGCAACAACAGCAACCACUACUACUACUACUGUGACAGAGAUUAGAGAAGAUGAGGUGACGAGCAAGAAGAGAGUCAACAGAUCUCCAGCCAAAGUCCCGAGAAAGCGUCCGUACAAUGGCGAGAGAGAAAGAGGGCCAAAACUUCCAGCAAGAAUGGAAAGACCACCGGUUAAGAGGGAGUUGUCCGGUCAAGCGAGGAGUGGGCAGCGUAAUAAUGUGGGGUCUAGCAGAGUCGGAAGAGAUCUAGGAGAGAGGUCAGGCCGAAGGUCAAGGUCACCGGCCACACGGACGAGUGCCAGUGGAGCGUUAAAGGGUCGUGCCGGAGGGAGUCCGUGGAAACUGAACGGAAAAUCUUUAACUGCAAAAUCCGGUGACAAGCCAGUUGAAGAAGGAGAGGGCAGUGAAGGAAAGAAAGUGGAGAAAAGUGAAAACGACAACGUUUCAAUGCAACAGCAAGGAAAUGAAUCUCUUGACAACCCUCUUGUGUCCUUGGAAUGUUUCAUUUUUCUGUAA